AUGCCACGCCGCAGCGCCCGCCUCAAUACUUCCCAAUCCAACCCCAGCAACCUAGGCUCUACCUAUGUCGCUCCAGCACCGAUCUCCACCAACAACACCUCUUCCAUCGAUGACCCAAACCAAUCCGCCACCCCCUUCCCUUUCCUCGACCUGCCUCCCGAGGUUCGAAACCGAGUCUACAGCUUCGCAUUCUCAAACAUCGCUACACGCGAUCUCUCGCAGACUCGCAUUCCGCCUGUCGCCCUAGUCUCUCACCAACUCCGCGAUAAAGCACUCCUAGUGCUCUUCGCCUCCCCUCAUUUCCGCCUGACUGCCGGCAACAACUUCACCGCCAAGUUCGACGAGCGCUGGCACUUCCAGAUGGGUCGCACCUACUACCGCGACCACAGCCGCAGCGGGUCAGGCACUAUCGGAAUGAAGCGCAUCAUCGGCCGUUUCCUGAAGGAUGCCGGAGAAGCUGCACUCUUUCGCAACAUCACCUUCGAGGUCUUCGACUCGAGCGAUAUUCGAGACGCGCGAGAGUGGGAGCGCCAGGGCAGACCACGUAGAUUCCGCGAUUAUGAGAUCUUUGAGGAUCAGGUCGCCGUUCGGCUGCACCUCGGGGUCGUGGAAGGAUCAUUGCAGGUUUCUUUCGUCGAUGGCCGCCAUCAUCCGGCUUUUGGCCAACGCCCCUAUUCUGGUCGUGUCGGCGAGGCUCAGAUCGUGCGGGAUGUGGAUGGUUCGGUGGAUAAAGCUAUUAGCGUCGCGCAGGACAUUGCAGGUCAUGACGAGUUCAAGGGUUUCAAGAUUACCGACUUGCGCAAGAUCGCUACGGCGUUUCGUCUGGAGUGA